AUGAUCGUGGUCAUCAUAGUUGCGACGUUAGCCAAGGAUUUGAACCGCUCAGUCUUUCACCCACUUAGCAUGUUCUUCCUGGGUAGCUUUUUAGGAAUUAUUCCCUUAGUCUAUAUCAUUGGUCAAGUAGUGGCUUCGAUUUCGACGCAGUCAUCCAUGGGCAUUAGUGCGGCCCUCAAUGCCAUGUUUUCUACCAUUUUCGAGGUCGUAUUCUACUGCGUUGCAAUCGGAUGCAGAAAAGGCAAGCUCGUCGAGGGUUGCAUCAUCCGAAGUAUCUUGGCAGGUGUCCUAUUUCUUCCUGGGAUUUCUAUGUGCUUUGGUGCACUCAGGCGGAAGACACAACGAUUCAAUGCAAAGUCUCCCAGUGUUUACUUCAACGAUGCUGCUCUUUACAAUAAUGGAGGUGUUUAA